GCUAGGAACUAAACCAGUCGACAAUGUAGCUAAUGUUAUAGUACACAUACUACUAGAUAUGUAACGUUAUAUCGACAGGAUGUCAGCUAGCGGAAUGCAUGCCAACCUGUAAUCUCUUAUAGUGCCACAAUAACGACGUAGCUAACUAGCUAGCUAGCUAGUAUCUCGCUUAAACAAUGGCUUUGCUAACGGUAGCUGAGGUUCUUUAGCAUGUUAGCGUUUGUGGCUACAGUAGCAUUACCGUUAGCUAGCCAGACCAGUUAGAAAGUUCCAUAACUAAGGAAGAGAUGUCAGGAAUAAGUGCGGUGACCUCAGCGUUGCCAGCGGCUACAACCCGUACCACCUCCUUCAAGGGCUCCUGCCCCAGCUCGAAGUAUGUGAAGCUGAAUGUGGGCGGGGUGCUCUACUACACCACCAUGCAGACCCUUACCAAGCAGGACACCAUGCUCAAGGCCAUGUUCAGUGGCAGGAUGGAGGUCCUCACAGACAGUGAAGGCUGGAUCCUUAUUGACAGGUGUGGAAAGCACUUUGGGACCAUUCUGAACUACCUGCGUGAUGGUGCUGUACCUCUGCCUGAGAUCCGGAGAGAGGUCGAAGAGCUCCUGGCAGAGGCCAAGUACUACCUGGUGCAGGGGCUAGCUGACGAGUGCCACGCUGCCUUGGAGAAUAAAGAUAUGUAUGAGCCCUUCUGUAAAGUGCCUUUGGUCACGUCCUCAAAGGAAGAACAGAGACUCAUCUCUACCUCCAAGCCCACAGUCAAGCUGUUAUACAACAGGAGCAACAACAAGUACUCUUACACUAGCAACUCCGAUGACAACAUGCUGAAGAACAUUGAGCUGUUUGACAAGCUCUCUCUGCGGUUCAACGGCCGCGUGCUCUUCAUCAAGGACGUGAUCGGGGAUGAGAUCUGCUGCUGGUCGUUCUAUGGGCAGGGCCGUAAGAUCGCUGAGGUUUGCUGCACCUCCAUAGUCUACGCCACAGAGAAGAAACAAACCAAGGUGGAGUUCCCAGAGGCUCGUAUCUAUGAGGAGACCCUUAACAUCCUGCUUUAUGAGUCUCAGGAUGGGCGUGGUCCAGACAACGCUCUACUGGAGGCUACAGGAGGCGCUGCAGGCCGAUCCCAUCAUCUGGACGAGGACGAGGAACGGGAACGCAUCGAGAGGGUGCGCCGCAUCCACAUCAAACGUCCCGAUGACCGCACCCACCACCACCAGUAACUAUACCAGCCAACCAGCAUUAUCAGGAUCCGCAGACCUCACCAGUGACCAUUACCCAUCACUGAGAUCACACUACCGGUAUACCCACAGGUAAUCUCACAUCCUUGACCACAAGCGACUUCUGCGCUUCUGCACCACAGCCACUAAUGAACUGUUGCUUGUCUGAUAUCAUAAGUAGAACAUGCUUUUAAUGUUCUGUCCCAAAUGGCCAUAUCAGUAUUGUCUAAACCGUCAUCUUUUUUUCAGUGGUCAAAAUGUAUUUUACCGCCUUUAUUUCCAUAUGUUUUGUCUUUGUAUAUAUGUAUGUAUGUAUGUAGACAUAUUACUUGUGCCCAGUAGAGAUAUUGUGCCUUAAGUCUGUGGGUGUACGUGCUGCUUACAAUCUUUAUCAUGAUUUACUUUAUCACGUCACUACAACAUUGCUUUGAAGUUCAGGUAUGUGUCACAGUUUAGCUAGUUCAGGUCAAUUGCAUUCAAAGGAUUCUAUACAUUAUGUACAAUGUGGAACAAUACAUUUUCCUACCACAGCAGUUUUAGAUAAAAAAAAUAAAAAAAUACAUAUUCAUUAGUUUGAAUAAGUGAUAUGUAAACUGUAUAACAGCAUUUUAUCUUGUGUUUCGAAAUCGGGUGCUUCUAUUUUCUGUAUGUACUCAUUUCGUCCAGCAGAGGGUGUUAUGUACAAAAACACUGAAAGGUGUGAUAUAUAUUAGGUUGACGUUACCUCUAGAUGGUGAUCUUCGGUCAGUUUUGUAGUUCCCCCACUAAUGAUUAAGGAUUUUUAGAGGGGAAGCUGAUCCUAGAUGUUUGCCUACGGGAACUUAAACCUGAAGCGAUAAGUUACAACCCACCUCUUAAUUGUAAGUGGUAUGAAUAAAGCCACCGUUUCUACCGUAGUCAAGGAUUAAUGAUCUUUUGACAUCAUGUAUGAAAUCUGGUUUUCUUCUGUGUGAUAAAAUGGAUGUCAUUGCUGCCUGUUACAAAAAUUAUUGGAGUGUGACAUGGUUACAAGACGAAACUUGUUUGGAAGAUGGAUCACAGCUGAAGAGACAAAGCAACUCCAGACAUUGCGUAAAAUUGUGACAUUCUUUGCGAUCAUUUCACAAGUACAAGUGACUUUUGCACUGUAUUUAACACAUUUUUCUUACAAUAAAAAAGAUGUUUAUGAAUA